CACUAUAAACUGGUUUUCACUUCUUACUUUUUACAAAGGGUUUUUAUAUUUUUGUGCUCUCUCUCGCCAAAUUAUCAUUUGUCUCUACCAAAUUAUAGAAGGCUGAUGAUAAACACCCUGCUUUCAAUCCAAUAACCCCUCAAUUUCAUUAAGAAACUCCCACUCUGCACCAUCUAGAAGAACAAGAACAAAAACGGUUCGCUUUUCUCUCUUCUUUUGCCUCGCAAGAUUCACUACAGUUCUCUGAUAAUACUUAUUCAACUCCAAGAAAAGAAGACCCGUCACCAUGGAGGCCUGUUGCAGUUGCGUGAAGAAGGCGGCUUGUUCUUGUGGUAAAGAUGAAUGUGAGAGCGGUGUCAACUUUAGUGAAGAAAAACAAGAACUUGCUCAAGAAUUGUUGGGUUCUGGUGAUGAAAUGGUCACUGUUUGUGAUUUGGUUUCUGGGUUCGCUUGUUUUGAAGAAAUAGAGAUGGUUUGUGAGAAAAAGGCCAAAGCUUUUGGUGUGGAAGUUGAAGAAACAGAGAAUAGUGAACUGGAUUGUGCUGCUGAUUUUGAAAAGAUUCUGGCAGAUUCUGUGAAACUUGAAGUGGGUUCCUCUGGAAUUCAAGAAUGUAAUGAAGUCAAUGAAAUGGAAUUUGAGAAUGGAGGUAGGAUGGUUUCUGAAUUUUCUGGAAUUGAAGGCACUGGGGUGCUUUGUGAUAGAAAGGUGCAGGUUUUUGGUUUGGAAGUUAAAGGAAAGCUGAAUAGCGAGGUGGGUUGUAUUACCGAUUUUGAAGAAACCUCGAAAGAUUCUGUUAAACUUAAAGUGGGUUGCUCUGGAAUUCAAGAACGUGAUAAGUUCAAUGAAGAGGAGUCCGAGGUUAAAGUUGAGACGAGUUCUGUUGUGCAAGGUGAUAAUGAAGAUAUAAAAGAAAAGAAAUCUGAAACUCUGUUGGAGGCCAAGAAAAAGAAGUUAUUGGCUGAACUUGAAGUUUCUGGUCUAGCUGGUCAAGAAGGGCGCAAACUGGUGCAAAAUAAUGGUGUGAGGAUUGACGCUGCAAUAGUAAGUGAUGUGACUGUUAGGCCCUCUCUUAAGAUUGAAGUAAUUGAUGAUACAGCAUUGAUUGAGACUGUUAGGGUUCCUAAGGUGAUAGAGAGGAACAGGAAGAAAAGAGAGAAGGAACAAGGCGUGGAUGAUGGAAAGAAGGCAAGAAGAUCGAGAAGGAAGGAGAAAGAUGUGAAAAAGGCUUUGGAGAUGAGCGAAAAUGGUAAUAGUUUGGCUGAUAAUGUGGAUGGUCAAGAUGGUGAGUUAAGGCAUGGAAAACAAGAAAAAAUUAUGUACUCAAGGAAGGAGAUGGAAGCCCUGAGAUUUAUCAACAUUGCGGAACAGCGGAAAAUGUGGAGGGAUAUAUACACUGGACUUGGACCUGUGGUGAUGACUGAGUAUGAUGACCUGUCUAGCUUCAAGCAUCAGAAGCAGAUCUUGAAUUUUGAUCCGAAGCAGAACGUCUCAAGGAAGCCAGAAACUGACGGGAUUCUUGGUGUGGUUGCUGCAAGGGGAAGAAGGAGCCAUUUCAAUAUCUUUGUGCAUUGAAGAGGGGCCUAAGGCAAUUCUUAUGUGCAACAUAUUCAAAGUCUCUUAUGUGUGUACUUAGCACAUUAUAUCUGUCUUGUUUACAAAAUUGUGUACAGUGUUUGUACAUAGAUAUUCUUACUGUCAGCUAGUCUGGAUUUUGUGGGAACAUGUGUUGGUGUUAUGGAUGAUAACACAAAAAUUCAUUUGUAACUGAAAAUAAUGUAGUAAUGAUACUUGUGAAUGAAAUUCAAAUUUUGAUUGUCACAUCAAUAAAAAAUGAUUCUUGUA